AACCCCCAAAAAUCCCCCAAAAUUUUUCGGGCUUUCCCCCCAGAGCCGCAUCGAGGACCGUCUGGAGCGUUUGGACGACGCCAUCCACGUCCUUCGCAACCACGCCGUGGGCGCCGGGGAGCCCCACGCCGCCGCUUACGGCGCCGGGAUCCUGGCCAAUCGCCUCAUGAUUUCUCACCGGCACGUCCCUCCCGCCGCUCCGUUGGCCGCUCACCGCGACGAUUCCGUCGCCUCCGGACGUUCGGCCCAUUCUCUGCUCCCCAACCAAAUCCCGGUGCCGACGCUUCCGGUGACUUCCGCCGCCUCGCCGGAGCUUCACCAGGACCCCUACAGGGGAGUGGCCACCGGAGUGUCCUCGGGGAGUUCGGAGAUGAAGUCGGACGAUGAAGGGGACGAGAACCUCCAGGAGGUGAAGGAGGAGAAGAAGAAGAUGGAGGACGAGGAGAAGAAGGAGAUCAAGGCCAUAACUAGGUCGAGGUCUAG